UUAUUUUUCUGCUACCUUAGUAAAAAAUAGUAGCAAAAUAAAAAAAAACUCGGUCUCUCUCAACCGAUAUGUAACAUCUGUAACCUACCUUGGUGAAGGAAGCUAAAAAUAAAAAAUAAAAAAGAGGAGAAAACGAAAGAAAGGUGUUUGAAAUUGAAUUGAGAGUGAAGAGAGCGAGUUAUGAUGGAACCAGAAGAGUGGGACUUGAGCGCUGAAGACCUUGAUUCCCUCGAAAGAGACGCUUUCCAGAAGAUUGCUCUACUCCGCGCCAACCCUCCUUCUUCUUCUCAACAACAACAACAACCCCAUUCUCAUUCUCAUUCUGCAAACCCCCCUCCUCUAAAAGUUGACGCUUUCUCUCAAGGAUCUAGACCACUUCCCGCCUCAUUCAAAUCAGGAACAAACAACACUGCCAAUGAUGAACAUUCUAAAGAAUUGGUCAAAAUUUCGGUCAAAUUUUUCCUCCAUUCCAGUGGAAAUAUUGCAGCAAAGUUUCAAUAUGAUCAGGCAGUAGUUGCUGCUUUUAGAAGAAUCCCUAAAUCUACUUGGAAUGCCAAAGAGCGGUUAUGGAUGUUCCCUCUAACUUCUUUGUCAGAAGCAGAAAAGGUUCUUAGAGAAUUACCUGGUUAUAAUGUUCAGGUGGAGAACUUAGAUUCCUUAGUGCAACGAGCUAUUACCGCUGCCACUUCUGUUCCUGAUCUUCGAGAUCGAUAUGAUAAGAUCCCAAGCUAUAUUGAAUCAAAGCUUUUGCCAUUUCAGCGGGAUGGUAUAAGGUUUAUAUUGCAGCAUGGAUGUCGUGCUUUUUUAGCGGAUGAAAUGGGACUGGGGAAAACGUUGCAGGCCAUUGCUGUAGCUGCAUGCGUUCAGGAUUCAUGGCCUGUUCUCAUACUUGCACCAUCUGCGUUACGCUUGCAAUGGGCUUCUAUGAUUCAACAAUGGCUGAAUAUUCCUUCAUCAGAUAUACUUGUUGUCUUAUCUCAAAGUGGUGGAUCAAAUAGAGGUGGUUUCAAUAUAGUAUCUUCAAGUGCCAAAAGCAGCAUCCAUCUGGAUGGACUAUUCAACAUUAUCUCAUAUGAUUUGGUGCCAAAGCUGCAAAAUACGCUUAUGAGGUCUGACUUUAAGGUUGUAAUUGCCGAUGAAUCACACUUUCUGAAAAAUGCUCAGGCAAAGAGGACAACUGCCUCUCUUCCGGUUAUAAAGAAAGCUCAAUAUGCAAUAUUGCUUAGUGGAACUCCUGCUCUAUCCCGACCAAUUGAACUAUUCAAGCAGCUGGAAGCUUUGUAUCCUGAUGUGUAUAAGAAUGUUCAUGAAUAUGGUAACCGGUAUUGCAAGGGUGGAGUUUUUGGACUUUAUCAAGGGGCAAGUAACCAUGAAGAAUUGCACAAUUUGAUGAAGGCAACAGCUAUGAUUCGGAGGCUUAAAAAGGAUGUUCUUUCUGAACUUCCUGUAAAGCGUAGGCAACAAGUCUUCCUAGACUUGGCCGACAAAGACAUGAAGCAAAUCAAUGCUCUAUUUCGUGAGUUGGAGAGGGUAAAAGCCAAAAUUAAGGCAUCUAGCUCAAAAGAGGAGGCUGAAUCACUCAAGUUCACACAAAAGAAUCUUAUCAACAAGAUUUAUACCGAUUCUGCGGAAGCCAAGAUUCCAGCUGUUCUUGAUUAUGUUGGAACUGUCAUUGAGGCAGGUUGCAAGUUUCUUAUAUUUGCACACCAUCUACCAAUGAUUGAUGCGAUACACGAGUUUCUUCUUAAAAAAAAGGUUGGUUGCAUCCGGAUUGAUGGAGGUACGCCUUCUGGAUCAAGGCAACAAUUAGUUACAGAGUUUCAGGAAAAGGAUGCUAUUAAGGCAGCUGUGCUGUCUAUUAAAGCUGGAGGAGUUGGGUUAACUUUGACUGCUGCCAGCACAGUCAUCUUUGCAGAAUUGUCUUGGACUCCUGGUGAUCUAAUUCAGGCUGAAGACCGUGUACAUAGAAUUGGCCAGGUAUCUUCAGUAAAUAUAUACUACUUGCUGGCAAAUGACACUGUUGAUGAUAUCAUAUGGGACGUAGUGCAAAGCAAACUGGAUAAUUUGGGGCAGAUGCUUGAUGGCCAUGAGAACACCUUAAAGGUCUCAGCUGAUGAGCCAGUGAGUAGCCCUUCAAAGCAGAAAACUCUUGACCAAUUUGUCAGAAGAUGUGACAACAGCAAGGGUGGAUUGGAACAACAGUCGACCCCCAAACGUCCCCGGUACUGACCCAAAAGUUCUGUGAAAUGCAGGUUCUCAUAGUGAAAUAUGAUCAAAUAUUGACACUAUGUUACUCACCCCAUGAGAAGGCGUCUAAAGUAACUACAAUCUAUUUCACUAUAGGUCAUGUAAAAUAGGUGGUCAGCACAUCUGGGCUGGCAAAGGGCCACCUAAACUAUGCUGCUGGUGCCGGAAGAGGUGAUCGUUUUGUAGGUGACAAUGGUUAUGAAGUCUCCCAACAGAUAUUGGGAUUAUCCUUAACUAAUUGCUACCCCCUUGUUGUGUGUGAAACAUGUACAGAGUACAUUAUCAUAUGAAUGUAGCUUGUAAAUUACUCUACCCAAUACAUAUUUUCAUGUUAUUGCCAUUUAUGUUAUUUAAUUUUGUAGUUUUUUUUUUAUGUAGUUAUACAAUGGAGAGGAUAAAUUUCCA